UAUGUUGUUGUUUUUUUUUUUAAAUAUACUAUAGUAUUUACCUAUGAUAGAGAUAUUUAGCCUGUGUCUUGGCCAUUUCCAUAAAUUUUCUCUGAUAAAAUCUGUUUAGUGAAUACGAGCACGAUUGAAAGGAAAUAAAAAAAAAAUUACAGACACAAAUUUAAUUAUUUUGUUUAAGUGAAUCAAUUAAAUUGGCAUCGAGCAUCGACAACGGGCAAAUAAAUAUGUCGGCUAGAAAUGUACAAAGUGACACGUCGCGAGUUAUUGUAAAAAAUCCAUUAUUAAGUGCAGUGGCUGGUUCAAUUGAUGAUUUUGUAAAUAGUUCGAUUCUAUUGCCUGCUGCUGCCCCUGUUGUUGUAGCAACACCAUCGCCACCGCCACCAUCAUCGUUGCAGCCUCACGGUUCAAAAGAGAAUCGAGAUGCAACAAAGUCUGUGAUCUAUGGGACAGAGCCACCAGCUGCAUUAGAUAGCGAUAAAUUUAGUGAAAUCAGCUUAGAUCAAUCAGUUGAUGCCGAUACCAGCAGCAAUCAACCACAAGAGUACAAUCCAUUACAGAAUUUGGACACAUUUUAUCCGGUAGUGACUGACGAACAGCAACACCAACAACGUGACGAAAAUAUUUUUUCGCCUGCAACGGCCAUAAAAGAUUCGUUAUCACAACUGCCCGGUGUUUUGCCUGGUGUUGCAUCGUCUGUGUUUUCGUCAUUUUCAAGCAUUUUGAAGGGUCAUACUUCGCCUCAUCCACCAGGAAAGGAGAACUACACAACAUCCGAACCAACAAAUUAUGCUGGUCAAUUGACUGGCGGACCAGAGAUAAAUUCGGUAAAUCCUUAUCCGUGCUUUUAUGAUCAAUCGAUCCAUCAAGCGAAUCAGCAACAAAGUGAAGUUGUGCCGCCGGUAGUGCCAACAUUCUACUCUCCAACUGAUCCAACGAUUCAACGGCCUGAAGCUAGUUUAUCACCAUCUUCAGAUGGUAAUUUAUACCGUUUAAAAGAAAGAAAAAAAUUAUACGCACCAAUUCCCGGAUUGGUCAACAACCAUUUGAAUCCAAUCGCAUCGAAGCAACAACCUUCAUCGAGUCCGAUUCAACCACCAAAUCCUAGUGCGUCACCUGCACCGGUACAACCUGCAGCUACAAGUCAAAAUAGUUCGUUUUCAAUAUCGUCAUUUUUCAGCGGAGCACCGCUUUUGGAUAAAGUAUUGCCAAAUACAGCGAACAUAAAUCAAGAAUCGACACAACCAUUCGAUUACAAUUCAUCACAACAGUCAGUUGCAUCUGCUUCGCAAUUUUUCAAUCCAAAUCAAUUCGCUGCAACUGAUUCACAACAACAAGUUCCAAGUUCAAUCGAUACAUUUUCACGUUCGUCGACUGAUUCGCCUUUUAUUGUAAGUGCACCGCCUUUGCAAACAACUUCGAUUGCCAAUUCACAGCUGCCACCACCACCGCCGUCAUCACAGACUGCAACGAUUACUUCGUUUAAUCUUAAUCCAUUUCAAAAAUCAGCUACUCAACCCCAGCGACAAUUGCCUGUACCUUCAUCUCCGCCGCAAAUAUUCAACGAUAACGCAUUACCUUUGCAGCCAUCAAGCUCAACUCAGCAAGCUUCCGCUACAACGCAACCACCUGAAAAUUCAGCUGCGCCAAUUGCACAAUUUUUUGAUCCGAAUCAAUUUGUGACAGCAAAUUUACAACAACCAAUUCCAACUAAUUCGACGGAUAAUCGUGCACAACCAAUAUUCGAAUCAGGCGAGACUUUUCAUGAACAAUCGAUUGGUGUUAGUGCACAACCACCACCUUUACCAACCAGUUCGAUUCAACAACAGCCAUCACCAAUCGCCAGUCAACAGCCAGAACAAGUUUCACCCGCUCCAUUAGCACAGUUUUUCAAUCCGAAUCAGUUUUCAAGUACAAAUUUGCAAGAGCCAACACCAAGCGACCAACCAAGUCAACCAUUACUUGAUACGCCAUUCAAUUUACCGCCCUCUGCAUCACCAAAUUCCUUCAAUCUUAAUCCGUAUCAAAAACCGGCGACUCCACUACACCCAUCAGCAUCCACAUCACCGGCAUUAGUCCAACAAAGUGCAAUACCACCAUCAUAUCUACCACCGAACGCGACCCCAUCGGUGAGCUACCGCUUACAAGGCAAACCACUCUAUAAACAAGCAAAAAGAGUAGCUCCGCCAGCACAACCGGCGAAUCAGCCUCUACUUUUCAAUCCUGUGACCCCACAAUCGGUGCCGACGUCGAAUUUCCAAAUUUUCAAUCCAUUAGUGUUUGAUAAUACCCAAGAGCAGCAAGUUCCGAGUACACCAGUUGCAAGCCCAUUGGCUCAAAUCCCAAACGUAUCGAUUGCACCGUCAAAUCCUUCACCUGUUGUACCAAUCUCAAGUUCAUUACCACCACCACCUUCGAAUACUCAGAUUUUUAGUCCAUCGAUCCCAACUGCUCAGACUCCACCAGUGCAAAUUGCAAGCGCACUCACUCCAACCACUCAAUUGCCGAACAUACAAGCAUCUCAGCCUGCAAGCGUUGAGCCUUUGCCAGUGAGUUCCUUUAAUCCAUUCAGUCAACCAUCGCCUGCUUCAGAUAGAAACGAAGUAAAUCAAGAGGCAGCUGUAUCACAGAAUCCAUUCCAUUCGAAUCUAUUCGAUGCGAGCCCAAAUCCUGUAUUUAAUACUGAGCAAGUUGUACCAUCGCAUUUGAAUUCAUUUUUUGGAGACGCCGACCAACAAUCAGAUUCUACCGAAUUACAACAUUCGAAUAUUGUUCAGGCACCUAUUGAAAAUUCCAUUCCAAUUCAAUCGUUGGAGGACGAAAACGUUGUAAACACAGAAAUAAAACACGAACCAUUGGAGACAAUUGGGGAGCCUACAAUUCAAAAUUUCUUUCAACCGAUACCAUUCAAUCCAUUUCAACAACAGACACACACAGAUUUUGAUUUGAAAAAUACAGAACCUCGAGAUAAUAACGCAAAUAUUGAAAACAUAAAUACUGGCAUUCAACAUUUGACAUUGGACAAAGAAAAUAAUUUCAAUGAAGAAAGUGUUGUGAGACAACCUGUUGAUGUGGCCAUUUUGAAACCAAUUGAAACAUCAACUUUUGAUCCGACUUCAUUUUUUAACAACAAUCCAACCGAUUCGGUUUCACAAAAUCCAUCAAACGUAAGCGAAUUUCAAAUUCAGAAUUUCUUUAAUGAACCGCCGCCAUUGUCUGAAACACAGGAGAACGUUCAAGAGAAAAAUUUUAACUUUAUUCGCACAAAUUUGCUAAACAAACGCAUCGAACGCAUUGCAAACGCUGAAACUGCCAGUCCAGAAACACUUUCGAUUGCAUCGGUUAUCGCUGAACCAGCAUCGUCGGCACAAUCCGAAACAUCGUAUAUUGAACCACCGACAACCGAUGUAACAGCACAAUUAGUCACACCAACCGAUCAAUCAUUGCAGAGUAAUCAAGACCAAGCAGACGGUAUUAAUAUUUAUAAUUGGCUAAAUAAACAAGAACCACCCAAUACAAUGGCAACCACACCGAACGAACGAACCUCAACACCAACCACAAGCACAUCAACAAAUAUUGCUUAUCGGCCGGUGUAUAAACAUUGGUUCUACAAAACAACCAGCGAAUCGAAAAGAAUAUGGACUCCAUUCUCAUUCCCCGAUUCAAUGUUACUUGAAGAGGCAUUUUUAAAUAAAGAUAAAGAAAUUGUAACGACUGACGGUGGUCGAUUUGAUGUAAAUAUUCCGAAGCGAACCCGACACGCUGUUUAUUGGUCGACUGAAGAUAGUGAAGUGCGCCGGUGCUCGUGGUUCUACAAAGGUGUUGAUUUCCGUUUAAUUCCAUACGAAGAGAAUGUUGCGGAGCAGCUCGAAGAAGAAUACAGGGAAGCAUCACAUACGGGCGAAUGGCAACGAAAAAUACCGCUUACAACGGGAGAAACCGUCAUUUUUAAUGGACCAAGCGAUAUCUUACACUUUUUACAGUCACAAUCAACUGAUGGAUGGAAUAAUGCGGUCCAGAACACCGAAGUUAGACCACGAGCAGUGAAACGUGGCACCGAUGAAUUCACAAUUGAAGACGGCGAACCGGAACAAAUUGAUCAUUUAUUGUUUAUGGUACAUGGAAUUGGAAGCGCAUGCGAUUUGAAAUUCCGAAAAGUCGAAGAAGUUGUGGAUGAAUUCCGUUUGAUGGCAUUACAAUUGAUUCAGUCGCACUAUCGGAGUUCAUGUGAUCAGGGUAUUGUUGGGCGCGUUGAAGUGUUGCCAAUUUCUUGGCAUAGUGAAUUGCAUUCAGAAGAGUCCGGCAUUGAUGAAAAAUUGAAAUCAAUUACAUUGGAAUCAAUACCAAAACUACGACAUUUCACCAACGAUACACUAUUAGACAUUCUCUUUUAUACAAGUCCUGUUUUCUGUCAGCAAAUUAUUGAGGCUGUAUCGGGAAACAUGAACAAAUGUUAUGCAAAAUUCUGCGAACGCAAUCCAAGUUUCCAUGGCAGUGUAUCAGUAUCCGGUCACAGUUUGGGUUCUGUGAUUCUGUUUGAUUUGCUACAACAUCAACGUGUUGAAAUCGAAAAUUCAGAGAAUCUAGACAAUGCGAAUCACGUUAAAUCACCAUUGAAACGACACUGUUCGCAACAAAUAAACUAUACCAUUGGAAAUGCUGGCACCGGUCAACCAUAUAUUACGUAUCCACAAUUGAGUUUUCAGCCAAAACACUUUUUCGCUCUUGGUUCGCCCAUCGGAAUGUUUGUGACAAUUCGUGGCAUCGAUGCAUUGGGCUUAGAUUUUAAAUUGCCGACGACUGAACACUUUUUCAACGUCUUUCAUCCAUAUGACCCGGUUGCGUAUCGCUUUGAAGCAUUGAUUAAUUCCGAAUUGCAAACAAUGAGACCAGUAUUGGUGCCACAUCACAAGGGACGAAAGCGUAUGCACCUCGAAUUAAGAGAAACUGUUGCUCGUGUUGGCGCUGAUAUUAAACAAAAAAUAUUGCAAACAUUAAGAUCAACCAUUGAUACGGUCUACAGUUAUACAACGCUACACAAGGGUCCAAAUGACACAAAAGCUAUAACACAGGAAGUGAACAAGGUCAUCGAAGAGCAGCUGAAUUUGGAUGAACUUGAAACAUCGGCAAACACAUCCAGUGCAUCGAGUGAAAUUGAUACCGGCGAAACGGAUUUGGCACUUGGAAAAAUUAAUGGAGGCAGACGAAUUGACUAUGUAUUGCAAGAAGCACCACUUGAAAUUAUCAAUGAAUACCUAUUUGCACUUACAAGCCACGUUGGCUAUUGGAGUUCGGAAGAUGCAACUUUGUUUAUAAUGAAAGAAAUCUACACGUCGCUUGGCGUGCAAGCGGAUUCCAAAAUACCCCAGGCAACAAUGACAAUUGAACGACCUUCACCAGCUAAUUCUGUGAAAUCUAGUCCAACGACUAGCAAGGAUAAUUCAUGAAUCGAUGUUAUGUUUUGAAUCGAGCCUUUAGAAGGACGGCAUAGAAACAUGAUCGGAUUUUACGUAUUAUUAUAUAUUUAGCGAACACUCGAGAAUAUGUUCAAAAUUUAUAAAAAAAAACGUUAUUAAUUUCGUUUUUUUUUUUCAUUUGGGAAAAACUAUAUAGAUUAAUUUGUUACUGUAAAAAAAAUACUUUUUUAAACAAAAGAAAAACAUUUGUCUAGUUUCAUAUAAAACUAUAUAUCAAAAUUCAAUUAAAAAAGAAUUAAACAAAAAAUGGGCAACAUGUAUCAU